UUAUUGAUGGUGCUCGAUUCUGACAUUAUUAAAUUUUUAAUUGCUUCUGAUAUUCAUGCAGGAUAUGGAGAAAACAAGCAAUAUAUCGGAAAUGAUUCUUUUGAAUCUUUACGCGAAGUUCUUUCAAAUGCAAAAGAAGCCAAAGUUGAUUUUGUUUUAUUGGCUGGUGAUCUCUUCCAUGAAAAUCACCCAUCACGUGAAACACAACUUAAAGUUGUUCGUCUUCUGCGGACUUACUGCACUAAAGGGGAAAAGCCUGACUUGGAUUUUGUUUCCGAUCCAACAAUCAACUUCCAACACAGCAAUUUUCCUUCUGUGAAUUAUCUGGACGACAAUUUGUGUAUUACAGUGCCUAUAUUUACUAUUCAUGGAAAUCAUGAUGAUUUGUCGGGGAAGGUUUGUUGGAUUUCAAGUAAUUUUUAUUUGGCUUUUAUAGUGCUUAUUAAGCGAAAAGGCAGGAUAUCCGGAAGUUUUCGAGUUCGGAUAUCGAAUCCGGGUAUCAGAGGAUCUCAAACUAUUCGCCAACCUUAG